AUGGUGUGUCGACUCAACAAGUCAUUGUAUGGCCUCAAGCAGGCAUCUCGUAAUUGGUUCUCUAAAUUUUCUACUGCUAUCCAGAGUGCUGGUUAUACCCAAUCAAAGGCAGAUUAUUCCUUAUUUACUCGUGUAUGUGGUGAAUCAUUUACAUCAGUAUUGAUUUAUGUUGAUGACAUGAUAAUUACAGGAAAUGAUGACAAAGCCAUAGAAGACCUUAAAAAGUUCCUUCACACCAGCUUUCGAAUCAAGGACUUGGGAAAUCUCAAGUAUUUUCUUGGAGUGGAAGUUGCCUGUUCAAAGAAAGGCAUUUCCAUUUCUCAACGAAAAUACACACUAGAUAUUCUUGAAGAUGCUGGGCUACUUGGUGCAAAACCUGUCAACUUUCCAAUGGAACAGAACUUGAAAUUGACUCCAACUGAUGAUGAAUUGCUCAAGGAUCCUUCACAAUAUAGGCGGCUUGUUGGGCGUCUUAUAUACCUUACCAUCACAAGGCCAGACAUUACCUACUCAGUGCACAUUCUUAGUCAAUUUAUGCAGCAACCAAGGAAGCCGCAUCUAGAGGCAGCUCAUCUUGUCUUACGUUAUUUAAAGAAGGCACCAGGCCAGGGUAUUUUGUUUCCCACACAGAGUUCAUUACAGCUGAGGGGUUAUUGCGACGCUGAUUGGGCUGGGUGUCCUACCACAAAAAGGUCAGUCACGAGUUUUUGCAUAUUCCUUGGUGAUGCACCUAUAUCUUGGAAGAGCAAGAAACAAACCACUGUGUCACAUUCAUCAGCAAAGGCAGUAUAG